AAGAGAGAGCGAGAAUAAUGAAGAGGUGGUUGCAACAUCUGCUGCCAGAGAGAGAAAUGUUAGCCAUUCAGAUGACAGCAGCCAGGGAUCUGCAUUGAGAUCUCCACAACCCCUCCUGAAUGUCAGAAUGAAGAGUCUGCUGCUAAAAGAGAGGAGAGUUUUCGAUGAAGAGACACAGAUCUGCAGUGUCUGGUCAAAGGAGACAUUUGUGAAACGUGACUGGAUUUAGAUCCACCCGUUCUGACGGGUCCCACGACACCAACAUAUGACAAUAACAAACAGCAUCCCUGUCUGGAGGAGCAGCAGCCACUGCCAUCUUUCUUUUGGAAAAUACUCCCAUUCAGCAGAGGUACUGUGCAGCUGAUAUGUUUUAUUUUUACAGAAAACAAAUGAGCUAUUUGUCCUGAGAGUUUUGUAUAGAAUCAGGCUCGCACAGCUUAUGAUGCACACUCCAGCCUCCAUGGUGAUGGGGAUUGUUUUCGCCCCUUUGGGAUUGGUCCUUGUCUUCACUGCCGCUAUUACACCUCAGUGGAGAGAGGGACAGGCGCGUCUGAGCAUGGCAGGGUUGGGGUCACUUCUUCGGUCAGGAGUGAAAGGUCAGGGGAUGGGGGUCAGGUCCGGGUCAGCGGAGGCACUGCUCUUACUGCGCUCGGAUGGACUUUGGGAGAGCUGCCUGCAGGUGGAGCAUUCAGAACUGAAGCAGUGCUGGCCUGUGGCAGGUCCGUACCAGAGAGACCCUAGGGUUCGCCUGGCACAAGGUUUGGUCCUGACCUCAUUGCUCCUGUGUGGCUUUGGCAUUGUCCUGGCAUGUAUUGGGGUCAGGUGUUGGACAGAUAUACCUCUGAGAGGUGUAGCAGCUACAGGUGGACUCCUGGUGGUGAUGUCCGGGCUGCUGAGCCUGACUGCUCUUGGGGUGUACACCCACAACCUUGGAAGACUGGGGAUGGCAGAUCCAAGUCAAGGCAUCAAUAACCCCAGGUUCCCCCUCCUCACCCUACACCCAGCCGGCUCGCUCUACUUUGGAUGGCUGGGUUCAUGUUUACAGGUGCUUGGAGGCAGUGCUCUGUUGUUCAGCUUCAAACGACCAAGAUGCCCGACCUGUCCGUCCUGCUCAGAGCUACCUGCCUGCCCUGCGUGUCGCUCAUGUCCAGAGAUUACCAACAAACCAGACACGGACAUAUAUGAAGUCAGCUGUUAGAAUAUGAACCUCAAACUUUUGAGCACUUUUUAAAGUCACUUCUAACUUAUCAGCUAAUAAAUCUGCCAACUAAUGAAAUUAGUCAUUUCAUAAAUGAUUGUGAACCACGGGACAUUGCCACUACCUUGUUAAUAGACUCUAAUGUCAGGUAUGAACAUGAUGGAUGUAAUUGCCCCUUGACAUAGACAGAAACAUAAUCUUCGGGUGUGAAAAACAAAGUGAUGAAUCACAGAAUACAAAGACUGUUACAGAUUGAUUGAGUUCAACGAGGUUGAAAAGAACUUAAGUUCCUGCUGCCUUCAACAUGUAUGUCUUUGUGCUGCCUUUUACAGUGUAGCCAUGCCUUUGUACUGUUAGCAAGAAACAUGACAUUCUUUGUGUCAGAACAAAACUGUGUAUGUAAAAUAAAAAAUGUCUGUGAGAUUG